AUGUCUGGACCCCAGAAUUACACACCUUUGCAUGCUGAGGCAGAUCUUCAUUCCCAAAAUAGAAUACAGGGUGCCAUAGGUGGGCAGGAAUUCAUACAGGAUGAUGAUACCACAUCUGCUUCUGCCUUCUCUUCGUCAUCUUACUCCUCUUCCUUUGCACUCUCCUCUGCCAGUAGUGUGAGUCCUAGUGUCUCAGUGGAGAGAAUUGGUGCUACUGGGACCUCAAAUGUGAUUCCUCCCAGUGGUGGAUUCUCCUCCAGUUCCAUGAUCUCCAGGCCAUACAACCAGUCUGUUCAAGGGGAGAUGCAAACAAUCAAUUCACAGGCACCUCCAGUUGUUGCUCCCUGCAUCUGCAUUCAGAUAGAUGUAAAAGUAAAUGAGUUAGUGCAUUUCCUGCUGCACAAAUAUAGAAUUAGGGAGCUGAUCACCAAAGAAGAAAUGCUGCAUAAGGUCAUUAGAAAUUUUCCUGAGUACUACCCUCUGAUAUUCUAUACUGCAUCUCAAUACUUGCUGAUAACCUUUGGAACUGAGGUAAAGGAAGUAGAUUCCAAUGACAACUCCUAUUGUCUGGUCCCUGCCCUGGGUCUCACAUAUGAUGGGAUGCUGAGUGACAUGCAGGGCAUUCCUAAGACAGGGCUGCUGAUAUUGGUCCUGAGAAUAAUCUACAAGCAGGGCCAUCGUGCCUCUCAUGAAGUGGUCCAGAAUAUGCUGAUAUCCAUAGGGUUGUUUGGUGAUAGCUAUCAUUUACUUUACCCAAAUGCUUGGAAACUCAUUACUGAAGAUUUUGUGCAAGAAGGGUACCUCGUGUACAGGCACGUGCCCCACAGUUUUCCUGACCAGUUUGAGUUCUUGUGGGGGCCAAGGGCCCAUGCUGAAAUCAACCCCUUGACAUUCAUGAUACUUUCCAUGUAUAUCACAAAGGCUAUAAAAAGAUUCUACCCAUGUAAUCAUCUGAGGCUCUGGGCAUUGAUCUAG